GAGCAGGUUCUGGAGCUUCAGAAGCUUGACGCGCAGGAGAGCAAGGAUCUUCGGCAACGAGGCCUCUACCAGGAGAAGGCCCUGAUCCCCGCCGUGAGGUCGGCGACCCCACUGAUCCCGCCCCAGGACCCUGAGAUGUGCGACCCCGUCGAGCCCCCCAGCGUCGUGGAGGUUCAGCAGGAUGCCCAGGCUCUUUUAGGACGGCCAGAGCGUAGUAGGUUCCAGUACUACUUUAUCCUGCACUUGUUCUCGGGUAGGCGUCGGAUGGGGGACCUGCAGGAUUGGAUCGAGCAUUUCCAGACCCAGGCCCCCCAGGACAGGCCCGUCUGGACCCUGAGCCUGGAUGUGGCCAGCGCGCCAGUGCUGGGUGAUCUCAGCGUCGAGGAUACCAUCGAGCACUGGCUGAAACUUGCGCGGGCGUUCAUG